AUGUGCAGCCUGAACGGCUACAACCCGGACACCGACAUCCCCGACCUUGCGGGGAAGGUGAUUCUCAUCACCGGAGGAACCAACGGAAUCGGUAGGACCGCCGUGCAGGAGCUCGCCAAGCACAACCCCGGCCACAUCUACUUCACUGGGCGCGACCGGCAGGCCGCCGACUCGCUCAUCGCCGGACUGCCCUCUGGCGCCGACGGCCGCGCGCUCGCCACCUUCCUCCCCUGCGACAUGUCCUCCCUCGAGAGCGUGCGCCGCACCGCCGAGGCCUUCUCCGCGCCGCGGCUCGACAUCUUCGUCGCCAACGCCGGCGUCAUGGCCACGCCGCCCGGCCUGACCCUCGACGGCUACGAGCACCAGUUCGGCAUCAACCACCUCGGCAACACCGCUCUCCUCCUGCGCCUGCUCCCCGUGAUGCGCGCCACCGCUUCGCUGACCCCGGACGUGCGCUUCGUCGCGCUCACCUCGCUCGGGCACCGCGCCGCCCCGCCGGCGGCCGGCGUGGAGCUGGCGACGCUGCGGACGACGCAGGAGGGCCGCUUCGCGAUGGGCGCGUGGGCGCGGUACGGGCAGAGCAAGCUGGCGGCGAUCCUGACGGCGCGCGAGCUGGCGCGGCGGUGCCCGGAGCUGACGAGCGUGGCGGUGCACCCGGGCGUGGCCAAGACGGCGCUGGUGGCGGACCUCGGCUUCUGGCAGCGCAUGCUUGUCUACGUGACGAACCCGGCGGGGCUGCUGACGCCCCGACAGGGCUGCUUCAACACCGUCUGGGCGGCGACGGCGCCGGGCGUCCGCGAGGCGGCGGCCGCGGGGGGCGUCGCGUUCUUCGAGCCGGUGGGGAUGCCGAACGCGGGGGACGGCAAGUGCUGGGACGACGAGCUGGCGAGGGGGCUGUGGGAGUGGACGGAAAAUGCGGUCGGCGUCAAGGCGUAG